AUGGCUCUCACCAGGAUGAAAUUCAAAGUGCACGGGAGAGUUCAAGGUGUAAACUUUCGAAACUUUACCCAGAAAAAAGCAACCGAAUACGGCAUCACCGGCUGGGUGCAAAACACCCUCGAUGGCCGAGUCCAAGGCGAGGUCCAAGGCGAAGACACACAAGUACAAAAGCUUCUCAAAGAUAUCGAUCAAGGGCCCCGUUAUGCCCAUGUGACAAAACUGGAAAAGACCGGGAUCGAGACGGCCGAGGGCGAGGGAGAUUUCGAGAUUCGACGAUAA